AUGGCAACCUUAGCAAAAGCAAUAGUUGUAUGUUUGAUUGUGGCAACAUUAGGAACUUUCUGUGCUUCCACAGACAUGUCUUUCGAUUUUGACUGCACCUCAAAAACAUUCAAGCAUUGUGAUGCUUAUGGCCAGAACGUUGAGAGCCUUCUGACUGAGCUCAAGACCAUUACGCCAGUGAACGGUAAUUUCUACCACCGAGCUAAUAGAACAAACCCGAGAGUGUAUGGGACUGCACAUUGUUUCUCCUCAUUGACAUCUUCUGAAGCUGCAUGUACUUCUUGCCUCCACAAAGCCAUAAAGACUAUAAGAGCUGAGUGUUGGAACACUGUCGGUGCAUCUGCUGGGUCUGCUGCUGCUGGAUGCAACAUCCAAUAUGAUAGUUCUAAGAUUAAGCCUUGA